AGCGCCGCCGGAAGUGGCGGUGCGGUGGCGGCGUGCAGCGUGCGGGCGGCGCUUUGAGGGAGCGGCGGGCCUCGGGCACGAUGUCCAAGUCUUCAAUGGCAUCAAAAAUGUCAUCCCAGGAGGAAAUACUGAGCGAUGGCCGGUUCAGCUGCGUCGCAAGGGAUCCCAGGUUUUGGGAGAUGCCUGAAAAGGAACGUAAAGUCAAGAUUGACAAGCGAUUCCGAGCGAUGUUUCAUGACAAGAAGUUCAAGCUGAGAUACACAGUGGAUAAAAGAGGUCGCCCUGUUAACUAUACCUCUACAGAGAACCUCAGGAAGUUUUAUGCCUUGUCGGAAUCUGACUCUGAUCUUUCAGAAAGUGAUAGUAAAGAACUCACUGUAAAGAAAAAAAAGAAAAAGAAAGCUAAAGGUAAAGGAGAAGCAGAUUCUGCAACGGCCAUUGCCGGUGGCCUCCCAAAGGAGGAGAGCAAAAAAUCCAAACAAGGGGUGGACCAAACAUGUGAAGCAGUGACUGCACUAAAUGACCUUAAAAAAGAAGGACAAAAAAGUAAAUCUAAGUUCAGCUUGAAGGAGGAUUCACAGAAAACGGCAAUGGAAAUUGAUCGCUCUCGGGGAAACAAGGGCCUUUUACCCAGAGGGGAAAACAAACAAGGAGGUGCAUCAGGGGGAAGAUCCAUUUCAAAUCAAAACAAGGAAAAGUCUUCACAAGCAAGUGGUACUAAGUCAGCCAAAGCUCCCACGAGGGACCACUCCCUAGGAGAGAAAAUAAAAGAAUCAGACGUCUGUGACCAAAGUGUAAAAUGUAAAAGCCAGUUAGAGGAAGAAACUUCUGCAAGUGAGGAUGCAGAAUCGGAAGAAGAGGAAUCAGAAGAUGGUGGAGAAACAGGCGAGGAAGAGGAGCCAGAAGAUGAUGGGGAAACGGGUGAAGAUGACAGUGAUUCAGAAGGUGAUGAAGAAAGUGAUAGUGGGCCUGAUCUAGCCAGAGGCAUAGGGAACAUUGAAACGAGCUCAGAGGAUGAUGAGGACUUGAACGAGCUGUUUCCAAAGGAGCCAGAGAUCGAGCACUUGUGGCGCGAGUUGGAUAAAGAUGCCCCUCGUGGAGAUGAGAUUACAAGCAGAUUGGCAGUUUGUAAUAUGGAUUGGGAUAGGUUGAAGGCUAAGGAUUUGCUGGCUCUAUUUAAUUCUUUCACACCCAAAGGAGGAACAGUGUUUUCUGUUAAGAUUUAUCCUUCAGAGUUUGGAAAAGAGAGAUUGAAAGAGGAAGAACAAAAAGGACCUGUGGAACUGUUCGAUCUUCCAGAGAAUACCACAGAGGAUGAUGGGAUUUAUAGGGAAAAACUGCGGGAAUACCAGUUUAAGCGACUGAAAUACUUCUAUGCAGUUGUAGAAUGUGAUUCUCCUGAAACAGCCAAUAAAAUUUAUGAGGAAUGUGAUGGACUGGAAUUUGAAAGUAGCUGCUCUUUCAUAGACCUGAGAUUUAUUCCAGAUAAUGUUACAUUUGAUGAUAAGCCAAAAGAUGUAGCCUCAGAAGUGAACAUAGCUGCUUAUAAGCCAAAGUACUUCACAUCUGCUGCUAUGGGAACAUCAAAGGUAGAUAUCACAUGGGAUGAGACAGAUCAUGAGCGAGUAACAUCACUCAGCAGAACUUUUAACAAAGAGGAGCUUCUUGACAUGGAUUUUCAAGCUUAUUUGGCUUCAUCGAGUGAAGAAGAGGAGGAACAGCAGCAAGAUGGUGAUGUAGUUAAUGAAAUGGAAGAUGACAAACUGAGGAAAAGCCAAAAAGACGAUGAAGAGCAAAUUGCCAAGUACAGAGAACUUUUGCAAAGUAUCCAAGAAAAAGAGAAAAAACAGGAAGAAAAGGAUAUAGGAAUGGAGAUUAAAUGGGUUCCAGGCCUCAAAGAAACUGCUGAAGAAAUGGUCAAAAACAGGUUGGAAGGAAAGGAUAACCUGACUCCAUGGCAAAAAUACCUAGAGAAGAAGAAAGAAAAAAGAAUUCUCAAGAAAAAGAGAAAGGCUAAUGCUGAGAGAGAAGAGAGUGAAGAUGAACUUCCACCUGAUGUUGAUCUCAAUGACCCGUAUUUUGCUGAAGAAUUGGAGAAAACAGGUUUAAAGAAGAAGCCAGAAUCAGUAGAAAGUGCCUCAGAAGAUGAAGAUGAAGUUGAAAAACAGAAGGCUGAAAUGGCCCUACUGAUGAUGGAUGAUGAGGAGGACACUAGAAAACAUUUUAAUUAUAAAAAGAUUGUAGAACAACAGAAUUUGAGCAAAAAGAAGAAGAAACUUCUUAUGAAAAAGAAAGAAUUACUAGAAGAUGACUUCCAGGUAAAUGUUGCUGAUACAAGAUUCCAAGCCAUGUUUACUUCUCCCCUGUUUAAUUUGGAUCCUUCAGAUCCAAAUUUCAAGAAGACAAAAGCAGUAGAAAAGAUCCUGGAAGAGAAAGCUCGCCGAAGAGAAGAAAAGGAGCAAGAUCUUAAGGAGGCAAACAAGGGCCUGGAGAGCAAGAUGGCAAAGAAAGGAGAUGUUGCUAAAAAAGUCAUAGAUCCUGCCCUAUCAAUGCUAAUAAAGUCUGUCAAAAAUAAAACAGAAGAGUUUCAGGCGAGGAAAAAGAAGAGAUUCAAAUAACUGAACUUUGUUUUUACUUGGACUUUAGUCUUAGCCCUUCUAACUGGAGACAUCUGUUAAAGUUACUGCAGCCUGCUCUGAUUCCUGUCCACCUAAGACGUCCUGAAAAGUCAUUUAACUAUGUUGGUGAAUUUUGAAGUGUUCAGAGUAAUAAUCACUCUUUUCUUCUGCCACAACAAAUACUGUUUUGCACAUAUGUAAGGAAAUGAUGGUUUUGGGGUGGUUUGUUUUGUAUUAUGUCAUCUCUGAAAAAUAAUAGAAGUGCUGAAGAUGGCUACAAAAAUCAUAAUUAUGGGUUUAUUUAUAAAUAAUAAAAACAGUUCUGCAGAGGUUUAUUGCUGAGACUAAGUGGUCUUAAAGUUUUUAAUUCCACAGAAGUCUGUAAAACAUACCUGUCUUGAUAAAGAAGGUAAUAACUACAAAUGGAAGAAAUUUUGUAUAAAAGUCUUUUGUGGAUUUUUAAAAGAUUGCAUAAAUGCUUUAUUAUUUUCUCCUUUAAAUACAUGAAGGUAAUAGAACUAAUUAAUGGAAAUAUUGCCAUUUAGAAGUGUUUCAUUAACAUACUUUGGAAAUAAAUAGUUGGCCCAGAAGAAUUUUGGGUACUAGCUGUGUUUUUUUCUUUCAUGCCUAAAUGAAAUUACAUCAAAAUUAAACUUUUUGCUACUGUUAUUACAUUUCCAUGAAUAUGAUACUUAUACAAAGUCUUCCAAUAUUGUAAGUGUUAAAAAAUAAGGGGACAGGGAAGGGGAGGGAAAAAUCAAAGGCAGAUCUAGAUGAUACAAUUUUAGAAACCAUCUUGUUUGGCCAUGUUAGUGUUGAUGAUGAAGAUAUCAAAGGUGCAGGGAGAAUACAGUAAGUAGAAAAUGAUCAGCCUUCCCUGGAGUGUGGCCAUUGAUUUGUCUUAAGGUUUGGUGUGGGUUGGGGUGCUGUGAUUUUUUUAAAGGUUUGCUGUAUCAGCUCUAAUGGAAAUACAACAUUGCAUUACAAGAAAGACCGAAAACUCUAGAAACAAGGAGCUGAAAGGUAAUUUUACAUUUUAAAGACAUAAUUUUUAAUUUCUAAGAUGUUCUACUCAUUUAAACAAAGACUUCUAUGAAAACAGAGGUUAAAACUAUGGAUAAUCAAAGCUAGUGUUUAUAUCAAGUAAAUUUAUCUCAGUAUGUAAAGGAGAUGAGAGAGCUGGAUUAGCACAUGGGUGGCUGUAGAGUGGCCAAAGGUGUUAAGGAACAUAAUAUACAAAUACAGGUGGAGAUGGAUUUUACAAUAAAUAAAGAGUGUUUUGCAAUGAUGUGCCUGUGGAAUACUUGCAGACCUCAAAUGCUUUAAAUGUAAUUACUCUUCAUAAACAUUUGAACAUCUUCAGAGUCACUUUGUUUUAAUACUGGGUCCAUAGAGAGUCUCCCGUAACUUUGUUUAGUCAUUUGUAUGGAAAACAAAUUUGUUGGGAAAUGAAAGGCAACAGCAAACUGCACUCUCUUGAAUCCUCUAACCCUGCCGAGUUCUACCAAAUAUUCUGUAUUAUCAGUACUUUUCAGCUCGGUGCUUUUAUAACGUCACUGGAAAUCAAUGUGGAAUUGGUGGAUCUCUGCUCCUCCAGAAUGCUCAGAUAUGCUGAGUGACUCACUGGUACAAAACUCUCCAACAGAACUUCUGUACUCCUGCAAAGCCUCUGUCCUUGCUGGAGGAGUCAUUUGAAAAAUCUGGUUAUAAAAUUAAAAAGUCACAAAUUGUGAGGACUUCUAACUGAAAUUAGGUGGUCGAAAUUAUGUUGUGUCUUCCAUGUAUGUAUGCUGGCUACUUUCUCCUGUUAGGAAGCCUGGCCUCUACUUGGAUGUCAUAGCACGACAAAAUGCAUGGAAAGAUGAAGGCAGACUUCACAGUGAUUGUAAUUAUUGGUUGUAAUAAUUAUUUUGUUGUAUGGUAACAUGUACUGGGUAUCCUGUAAACGCUUAAUGUAUGAUCAUUUUAUGUAAUCAGA